UCUGAAGAGAAGUAGAAAGUAAAAUUAUAUUUGUAUCCAAAUAUUAUAGAGUAACUCUAUAAUCUUUGAUUUGUAUCCAUUUGAAUAUGCAUUCGAAAUAAUAACUAUUAAGUAAAUAGUGUACUGAUCACAAUGCACAUUGGACUCGCAGUUUACCUGGGUGAACGAAGUACCUAUUAUAACGAAUUGAAUUAUAUCUAAUAAAAUGUUUUCUAAAAAGGCCCAAGUUGUCGAUAUUCUUCGAUGUAUGCAGAGGGAUGAUUUAGCUAUAAAAGCUCUUGAAGAAAAUAUUCAAAGCUUAUCAAAAUCCCUUGGAUCUAGAAAUGAUAGAAUUUUCAGAAAGUACAUUCCAAUUAUCUCAUCUCUUUGGUAUUACUAUGUAACAACGGGAAAUAAUUUACAAACACUUGGAGAAGAAUAUUCAAACAUUUUAAGAUUCACGUCUACAAAUGGAAUCCCAAGUAGAAUGACACAACUUAUAUGGCUUAUACUUCAUAUUGGUGGGGAAUCUGUAGUUGAUAGGUUGAUUUCAUACAUGGAAUCACAAGUUAAAUCUUCUGGAGAAUUGAGGGAAGAAGCAAGAAAGUCAUUACUUAAUUUAUUUUCUAUAUGGAAUAUUAUAAAAUGUGAUCUACUAACGAUUCAUAAGGCAAUCUUCUAUUUAAAUGGUACAUAUUACACAUUUGCUCAUAGACUUUCAGGAAUUCAGUAUGUAAUUCUCAGAGAUUGGUUAGAGGAUAAAUCUUUUCAUAACAGUUUCAAAAUACUUGGGAUCAUCACAAUAAUAUAUAGUGCAUUCAAUAUCUCAAAGAAAGUAUGGGCUAAUAGAUUCAACCAACAAAUAGAAACUGAGAGUCUCCUCUCAACAAUCAGAGGUGCUACUUCUGAUAAAAUAUGUGUAUUAUGCAAUGAAAAGAGAAAAAAUCCAUCCUCUACCCCCUGUGGUCAUGUGUUUUGUUGGGAAUGUAUAUAUGAAAGUUUAAGCUACACUCAUAAGUGUCCAUUAUGCAGAGAAGAAGUUAUUCCUUCAAGAGUUAUAUUUUUACAAAAUUUUAUAUAGUUUUUGGAAAUAAAGGUUUAUAACAAGGA